AAAAGAUGGAGUUCGUUACAAGUGAAGGAAUUUAGUGCAGUUCACAGCACUCUCUCGCUAUUAGUUCGUAAUACUAACCUCUCCUCUUUUGAAACAGAAACUGAUUCCAGGGAGAUUCAUUCAGUCAAUCCUUACAUGAUCCCCAGUGACAUUGAGAGCCUCCAAAACCCGUCACCUGGCAUGCACCAGAUCCUCUUCUCUGUUGAAAUGAGCCGCGCUUUCAUUCAAGAAUGUUGCUCCACUCUUAGAGAUUGUGAUGCGUCCACGGCUGACGCCAUAUCUCACAUGAUUUGCUACUGUUGCUAUUGUAACCAAUCCUUCUCUGCUUGCAUCAUAGAGGAAUUACAGAAUAACAUUUCUACAGUGCCUCCUAAUGAACUCAAAUCCUAUUUCAAGGCUCUAACUGAAGUUCUGCUAAUUGAAGACUCCUUACAAAGCAAAAGGAUUCAGUUUACACUAGCUGGCGGCAAAUACAAACCUGAACUGUCAAUAUUUAAGACAAUUCAAACUAGCUCAGAAUCUAAGAGAAUUUACCAGGGGAUAAAGUUCAUCGUUGGAUUAGCAAACAGGUGUUUCAAGGCUAGAGAUUUCAUUCUUGCUCAAGGAGAGCAAUUACAGACGGCAGUCUCGUGGUUGCGGAGGAAAAUUAAUGAUCACUCUUGGUCUCAUGCAUCUGCUUUCUCAUUCUCUAAUGAAUCCUCGACUAGCAAAAUAUUCCAAAGGACAAUUAGUGCUCAGGACACACUGGAUGAAGCUAAUGCUCUCCUCAAUGAGUUAGAAGCCAGAGACUCAAGAGCACCUAAUCCUUCACUUACAACAACCUCAACUACCUCAUCCUCCUCUUCCUUUAAAUCCUCCAGAGAGAGUGGCAAUACACCAGGAGGCAAUAUUGAAGGAUAAUGAUGACCCACUCCUCGUAUAGCAUUUAACUACAUUUACUAGUUAAUCUCAAUAUGCUAGUACAAAAUGACUUUAUAUAGCAUAAAUUAUUUUAAUUAACUCAAUACUUAUACUGGUAUAUGUUAUAAGAGUAGGUUUCCCUGCUCUUGAUAUUGAUACAAAUUCAUUUUGCGUGUGAAUGUGUGUUAUACCCUGUAUGUGUUUAUUUCUAUCAAGGUUGUUUUUAAAAGUA